GCUUUUAGAACACAAUGUAUGUAUACAAACACAUGUCGUCCUAAACGUCACGUGAUGUUUUGUUGCUAAAUGGGGUCGCAUUGUAAUGGCUGUAACAUCAUCUGCAUGCAUGUGUUUGUCAUUUCCCUGGUAGCUGGUAAAGUCUUUGCGUCAAUAUUCCUACAUCAUCUAUGACAGUAGUAGUAGUCUGGUCUGGCUUCGCUACAGAACAUUAAAAUCUGUAACCACAUCAUGAGGGAAAUGCAUUUAUUGUGAUCUAUUUAAAUAAGAACAUCCUGCGGAGCGAGAGAACAUAUGGACCGAGAUCUCUAAGAAUACACAGAGCAUAAACAGUGAUAAACUAAUAGAGGGUUGGAGUCGCAGAAACGAAAGGUAUACACCUCUGCAAAGUGAUUACAAUUUGGGGUCAUUGUGAACUAGACUAGAACUCAUAAAGACAGAGGACCUUAUAAACUGACUCAUCAAAUCCAGAAUACAUUAUAACGCAAUAAACAGAAAUACAAUACUGGCAAAUCUGGAUCACAUAGAAGACAAUAAAAGAAAGAGCUAAGUAGAGACAAUACAAGCAGCAUCAGACCAGGAACUGAACAAGGGGAUUCAGUGCAUAGAUUCUAUAGGGGACUACACAUCAAUAGGGUCAAUUUAGUGUUAUUACCAGGAUGAAGCAGAUACUGCAACAGCUCUUUGUGCUAGGAUUACUGAUGCUUGUGCUAGGGAUCACUCAAACCAAUGCAAUAGCCAGCAUAUACCUGACGAGAUGUAGUGGUGUUGAAAAUUAUCCGGCAUUCGAAGAGGCAAAUGUCUUCUCACAGAAGGACAUGAAUUACAGUGGAAGCAUUGACUGUCAAGCAACAGUAUCUGUGCCAGAAGGAUAUAGAAUGGAAAUCACAUUCAACCUUUUUGAUAUCCAGCCUAAGGUAGAUGGUGAAUGUGUAGACUUUUUGCAGAUUUAUGAAGGUACUACUGCUGAAGGAUCUGCAGUGACAGAAAAAUUGUGUGGAAAUGAGAUACCCCGUGACCUUACACUAGACACAAACAAGGCCACUAUAGUGUUCCAUACUGAUGAAGCAGCAGAAAAUGGGUACAAAGGAUAUGAACUUACGUACAGGCAACAUGGAAUGUAUCAAGAGGACAAGCCUACCUGUUACAGUUGCACAGAUACCACCAACACUGGUGACUGCUUCAACAACACUCAAGCCAUAGGAACAGAACAAUGUCCAGCUGACAAACCAUACUGCUAUUCCCUAGCCAAAUAUAAUGCAUACACAGAUGAAUUCAUCAGUGUAGAGAGAGGAUGUACAAGUGGAACAAUGGCGGAAUGUCUUGAUAAUACAUACUGCAGUAGCUAUAGGUGUAAUUCAUAUAAGUGUAAUCAUAGUGAGAAGAAAUUCUACAGAAAUUCCAAUAGUGUUGGCUCCAAUACGAGCUCUAUUGUGUUAUUGCUUUUUACAGUGCUGAUGUACUUUGCAUAAUACAUUGAUUAUAAACGAGCAUGGAUAAUGAAUUGAUUUGAUAAAAUAUAUUCUAUCAAUCAGAAUAGUUUUGUCAAUUGAAAGAAAUAUGGGAAUUCUAUUGGAGUUCUGGAAUUUCUAUACAUGCUUAACAACUUUGUCUGAUCGACCUCUUUGAAAUAUACUGCCACAAAGAUUUUACAUGUUUUUUUAAAUGAUUGCAGUGGAUACUCAUUAUCCCAUUGCCAUGGGACACCUAAAAGCUGUCAAAUGAACUUGAAAGUGUAUAUACCAAGGACAGAACACAGAAUAAUUACACAUUCAAUCUAGAAAAACCGGUUCAUUUAGUGUUGCCUCAAGCCCUUGUGUAAACCCCAUCAGGAAAUACGACCGAAGGGAAAUAAAGUAGAAAAUGCUGAGGACCAGAGACAUGAUGCUAGGCUUUAUCUUAUAUUUUAGUGGGGAUAUAUACAGAUUCCAAUUGUGAAUUUAAGGACCGCCUACAUGUAGAACCCUAAGCAAUGACUCAACGUUGUCCCAACUAGCCUUGUUUUGUGUGUUCUGGCCCAGACAGAGUUUUUAUUCUGUUAAAGCAUGGUGUUCUAAAUGUCAACAGUAGUGACAUUAAUUACAUUUGCAGGGAAGGGGUAGAAGAUGGAUUUCAUUAUGUUGAAAAAUCAUAUUUACAAAAGAAGUGAAAUGAACUGUUUAUUCGCCAACUGUCAACAUUUGAACACCAUCUCUUAUUGUUAUCACAAGGCAUGAACCUGGUGAAGUAAGAUGGUCAAUGAUCUCAAAAUAUUGCAUAUUAUAGUUUGCUAUAUCU